AUGGACCGCUGCGACGACGACAGUUUUGGUGGAAUCAACCGUAGGCCUCCGGUGACAGAUGGAUUCCAUCGCUUGACAAAAAGGGUCAAGAGACACAUGACAUCCACGAACCAAGACGCCAAGUUUCUCAAGAAGAUGAAUGCGUCGUUCCCGGGAGUGGUGUGCACUAUAGAUAGCUUCGUUGACAUUUCGGCAUAUCGCACUACCCAUCAUAGCAACGGGGAGGCAGAGCGCGUUGUCACACAGUCCGAUGUGCAAGAUGCGGACAUGGACGCGGAAGUCGCUACGGGAAACGGUCUCUCCAAGGCAUGGAUUUGCGAAGUUUGUAACAAAGAGCUGGUCUACAUACGCAAAGAUGCGGAGAGAGUUUGCCCUGAUUGCGGGUUGUCGCACCCGUAUCAGGAGAUGACCAGAGAAGACUGCAUCCGGCAAGGAUACGUGAGCCACACCACGUACAUGUACAAGCGACAGAACCAUUUCAAGACCUGGCUUAAGCGCACGCAGGGCAAGGAGACUACGACCGUCGACAAAGGGGUGGUUGACAGUGUCCGUUUCGAGCUCAAGAAGCAACGGAUCGAUGACAUCAGAACGAUCAGUCACACCAAAGUGAGAGAGAUCCUGAAAAAGCUUCGCUUGAACAAGCACUACAACAAUUGCGUACAAAUCACGGCGAUUAUUACGGGUGUAACGCCCCCGCAGAUGACGAACGAGCAGGAGACUGCUCUUCUCCAGAUGUUUGACGCGAUUCAGGAGCCUUUCCAGAAAAUCAUCCGAAGUGAGCCACGGCAAAACAUGCUGUCGUAUUCGUUCUUGAUCCACAAAUUCUUGGAGCUCAUGUCGUGGGACGAGUACCUUCCCUACUUUCCUUUGCUAAGGUCGGUCGACAAGAUACAGUAUCAGGACUGGAUAUGGCGGAAGCUUUGUGCCGAGGUAGGGUUCGAAUACAUCAGGUCGACGAUGUAG